AAGUCGUGUGUGCUGUGUAGUCUUCUAAUGAGUAAAUACAAGAACUUUCUUUAAUUGAGUGAUACACAAGGUUAUUUGUGCCUGAUUUCGAAAGGAAAUCACAUUUUGUUUUCAAGAAGCGAAAUUCCUGUUUUUAGAAAUGAGCCAACAGGUUAUAGUAGAAGGAGCGGUUGACGUAGGCAACAGAAUGGAUUACGACUACCUGAUAAAAUUCCUCGCCCUUGGUGAUUCUGGUGUGGGGAAAACUAGUUUCCUGUAUCAAUAUACCGACGGGGUUUUCAAUUCAAAGUUCAUCUCAACGGUCGGUAUUGACUUUAGGGAGAAACGACUGGUCUACAGAUCGCAAGGAAGAAGCCAGAGGAUACACCUGCAGCUGUGGGACACAGCAGGACAAGAGAGAUUUCGUAGCUUAACAACUGCAUUCUACCGAGAUGCCAUGGGAUUCCUGCUCCUGUUUGACCUGACUAACGAACAGUCAUUCCUCGAAAUACGGAACUGGCUCGAUCAGUUGAGGACACAUGCCUACUGCGAGGACCCUGAUGUUGUGUUGUGUGGGAACAAGUGCGACAUGGAAGACAGGAGAGUGAUAUCAGAACAGAAGGCGAAAGAAAUGGCUGAAAGAUAUGGGCUGGACUACCUGGAGACGAGUGCAGCGACGGGCCACAAUGUGGCGCGGGCGGUCGAGCUGCUGGUGGAACGCGUGAUGCGCCGCAUGGAGACGGCUGUGGACCGCGCGAUGCUGCCGGGCCGGAGGGGCCGCCCCCGCCAGGAAGGAGACCCGAGUGGCCCCGGGGGCGGAGCCGGCGUGGCCUCAGGGGGCGGUGGGGGUGGAGGCUGCUCCUGCUGAUCACUGGCCUCGGAAUUGUACCUUCAUUUGGUGGGAACGUGACCAAACAUACACCAACGCAGUAAUCCAAUCUCGAGACAGAAUAUCAGGCUUAAAAUAUAUAUUGAACUACAUUAAAGUUAGUUAUUUUCUGUCUUAAAGCCAUCGAUUUAUGUUGUUACUUUUGUAUUUCACUUUUUUAAUUUUUUCAGUAAUUUUAAUAUUAUAGUGAAAAUACAGUCAUUUGUAAAUUUGUCGUCAUAUGUUAGCACAAAUAAUAAUGUUGGAAACUGUUGGAGAAGAAACAAUUAGUCUUCCAAUUAAGAUGGUACAGUAGCAGUAACUUCUGGUAAUGGAAGAGGAAGCGUGGGUCUCGGAUGUGAAUCCAGGAGAUUGGCACUAUUACAGAUCAUAAGUUUGUACCGUAAACAUUUAGUGGUAAAUCACAAAUUGUCGGUACUGGUGUGAGACAUUUCAUUGCAAGAAUCUCGAUUUAGGAUCAUGUUUAAAUUAUUAUUAAGUAUUUUGUGUUUUUGAGGUGGUUUACUCCAGAAUUGGGCACCAUUAUGUAAAAUCCUUUGCAGUUAUGAAUGUCAUUAAUUCAUGAUUCUUUAGUUGGUUGUAUUGCAAUUUUUUUUAGCUGUGGUUCACUGAAUGUUUGUACUAAUGAUGGUUCUCUCCUGGGGCGCUAGAGCUCUCUCUCAAGCCUGCGGGCGGCUGAUUCAGGGGGUUGUUGGAAGAAAGUGCCAAUCACAAAAGUGUUUCAUGCUGCUGUUAAGUGUGUGCUUAAAUUCAGCAGUGAAAACUUAAAUACAAUAAGGCAAAACUAAUUGUGUAGUAGACAGCUUUUUCUAACUGUACAUAUGGAUAAGCUAAUUACCGAAAUGUGGUGCUUUUGUAACAUGAGAAAUAGUGCGAUCAGAUUAAUCCGUACUAAGCUGAAGGUUAGCGAGGCUUAGCAUUUUCUUCCAUUGACCCCCUCAGUAUGUAUCAUCCUCUAUAGAUGAUGGGCUAUAAGGCUUUAAUAUUCUCAAUUCAGUGUUUGUCACAUCGACCGACUGCUUCACAUCUGCUAUAAAAAAAAAAGACAUCUGCAGUUUUUAUUCAUAUUUUAUAGAAUGUGUUGUCACUUUUAUUUUUUGAAAAACUUGUGUUGGCCUAAUUGGGUAAUAUGUUAGCUUCCCAGAUUCUUUCAAAUACAGAAAUAUAAUUCUGCCGGGAGAAGUAAGCUGAAACAUUAAACCAUUUUGUGCUGUGCGGUGAGGCAUUCGUAUUAUGAAUCUCCUAACUUGACUUUGGAACAUUCAUGAAUUAUCUUCUCAGGCUUGAAGACAUAAUAUGAGUUAGCUACAUUUUGAAUAAACGAUGUACAGAGCAGAAUAACUGUGUACAUCAUAAAAAUACAAAACAAUUGUCAAAGUAUUAAUUACUCUUACAGUAGGCUUAUAAAGUGAUGAUGGCACUAAAUUGUAACCUUGGA